ACUUCCUCCUCAUUCAUUUAGACUUUACUGUUACCUCUCAUUUGAAUCGUUGAAUCAUUUGCUCACAACACUGCACAGAGACCGCUAGAAGACAUGGAGGAACCGGCUUAGAAAAAAGGAGAUAAACAAAACGUGUUUUAGUGCAAAAAAAAAAAGAAAAAAAAAUCUUUUCUCAUGAUCUUGGAUUAAAUACUUGGAUUAAGUUUUUAUCAUGGGCUGUGUUGGCACGAAGCCAGACCAGGAAUCCGGCGGCAAAACGGUGGGUGAUGGCAACGACAUAGGAAACCGCAAUCAAACAGGGCACUAUGUGAAAGACCCGACGGCCGGGAGCAAGGCUAACAAAAGCUCAAAUCUUCCUUCCGCAAGCGCAGAUGAUUUCGACAACAUCGCCAUAGCGCUCUUCGAUUACGAAGGCUUGCACGAAGGGGACCUGGGCUUUAAAAAAGGAGACAAGUUAAACAUUUUACAAGAGUCAGGAGAAUGGUGGAAAGCAAAGUCUGUGAGCACUGGUCAGGAGGGCUACAUUCCCAGUAACUAUGUAGCUAAAGACACACUUCAAACUGAAGACUGGUUCUUCAAAGCAGUGAGCAGGAAAGAUGCAGAGAGACAGCUCCUGGUUGCUGGGAAUAAAGUGGGCUCUUUCAUGAUCAGAGACAGUGAGACCACUAAAGGAAGCUACUCAUUAUCUGUUAGGGACCACGACCCUCAAACAGGUGACACAGUGAAGCAUUACAAGAUCCGCACUCUAGACAGUGGUGGUUUCUACAUUUCGCCUCGAAUCACGUUCAACACCCUGCAGGAGCUGGUCAACCAUUACAAGAAGCAGGGUGAUGGACUGUGUCAGGCACUCACUGGCGCCUGCAUCAGUGCCAAACCCCAAAAGCCAUGGGAAAAGGAUGCCUGGGAAAUCCCACGAGAAUCUCUCAAGCUGGACAAAAAGCUGGGAGCUGGACAAUUUGGAGAAGUUUGGAUGGCCACAUACAACAAGCAUACCAAAGUGGCUGUGAAGACUAUGAAGCCAGGCAGUAUGUCUGUGGAGGCAUUCUUGAUGGAAGCAAACCUUAUGAAGAGUCUCCAGCAUGACAAGCUGGUCCGCCUUAAUGCUGUAGUUACCAAGGAAGAGCCCAUCUACAUCAUCACAGAAUUCAUGGAGAAAGGCAGUUUAUUGGACUUCAUUAAGACUGACGAAGGAAAUCGUCUCCAGUUGCCCAAACUGAUAGACUUCUCUGCACAGAUAGCAGAAGGCAUGGCCUACAUCGAACGAAGGAACUACAUACACAGAGACUUGCGGGCUGCAAAUAUUCUGGUUAAUAAGAGUCUGGUGUGCAAAAUUGCUGAUUUUGGUUUGGCACGUAUUAUAGAGGACAACGAAUAUACAGCCAGAGAAGGUGCCAAAUUCCCCAUUAAGUGGACUGCGCCAGAGGCUAUUAACUAUGGCUCCUUCACCAUCAAAUCAGACGUGUGGUCCUUCGGUAUUCUUCUCACUGAGAUUAUCAGUUAUGGCCGAACACCAUACCCAGGCAUGACAAACCCAGAGGUGAUUCGCUCCCUGGAGAGAGGAUAUCGCAUGCAGCGCUUGGACUCCUGUCCUCAGGAGCUCUACGACAUUAUGCUAGAGUGCUGGAAGAACAAGCCAGAAGAUAGACCCACCUUUGAGUACCUUCAGAGCGUGCUGGAGGACUUCUAUACGGCCACAGAGAGCCAGUACCAACAACAACCCUGAGAUACACACACACACCCACACACACACACACACACACACACACACACCCCUUAGGCUAGGCACAUACAGCAAGCACACAUGCAUUAAUAUCCAAUACAAAUGCAGUGUGAGUGAAUGACAAUGAAUCAUUUACAAAGAUGCAAUCUAAAUGUAAUCAUGCAAAGCCUUUUACCUUAUGUUGAGUGAAGCAUGUGAUUGCACAAAAACUGUACAAAGUCAUAAUUUAUGUAUGAGAUUAUUGAGGAUUGUUGUGUUUUUGAUGUUUUAGUUUUGAGCAAUUCUACUGGCUCACAUUUAUUUUUUUAGGAGUUUUAUCUGUGUGAAUUUCAGAAAUGUUUAGUUUGACAUGCUUAGUGAAAUGGAUUCAUUGAAAAAACAGGAAAACUGAUGGAUUUGAAAUUUGCCUCGCUUUAGUUUCAUAUUUAAUGACACUCUAACCCUUAACCCUAAGCAAAAUCUUAAUCUACAUGAUUUGAUCAGAUUUCUGUUGUCUGAAUUUUGAAUUUGCAAUUUGGAAUUGUUGAAAAAUAAUAUAAAAUAGUUCAAAACUGCAACCUAUAUUAGGUCUGAUUCUUCAUUCUUCAGCUUACUAAUAUUUUUAAACAGUUUUAUUAAAUGACUUUCAUGAGAUCAUAAGAUUUUUUUUUCCUGGUUUGCUGUGAUGUACAUUCAGUAAUUGUCCUGCUUUAAUGUGCCUGUAAAUUCAAACUACUUCUGACCGUGAAGUCAUAACUCUCAUUUUCAUUUGUUAUUUCAUUUCAACUUUUUUUUUUUCCUUAAACAUCUGUGCAAUAAUAGCAAAUUUCAUCAUCUAUUCUAAAAUGCAGUUAAUAUAUUGCCUAAAUGCCUAAUGUACUAUAUAUUUGUAAUAGUUUUGGUUCCUUCUGCACCUCACUUAUAACUUGACAUAGAAGUUUUUAUUAAAAUGAAGUACAUUUAAAAGAGAGAAGGAGAAUUUAACUUUAAAUCAAAUAGAGAUAAAUAUGAAAUAAUGGCUUUAGAUUUUUAUGGGUUUAUACCUUUUUCUACAUGCUUAUUAAAUUAAAGGAUAUCGAAUCUU